GUGGCACCACGGUUGCACGGAUUGUUUACAUUCUCAAUAUUUAGGGACUGACGGACAACAAAUAAAGAAUUUACAACUGAAUCAUUGAGGAGGAGAGGAGCGGAUAGAGGGAGGAGAGAAACGAAGGGGAUAGAGCCGUAUCGGCGUCGACAACGCGCAGCCAGACGAGGACCUUUUUCCUCCCAGGGUGGAUGGGUUGAUCCCUGGAACAUCGCAAGUGUGGGUUGCAGGAACAAUUCCAUGGUGCAGUGGAAUCUUUUACCAUCUCUGCAUUAAUCAUUUCAAUCCUGUAUAUCAACUUUUAUUGGCUUUCCGUUUUGCCCCAUUCUGAAAUAACGGGCUUCAUCUUUUUUUUUUUUUUUUUCGGUCGCUUGAUUUUACAGUAUACAUUUCGGAUGUUAUUUCCUUUCCGGACUCCCAUCAGAUAUUGGCAUAUCGUCAUGUGAUAUUGGACAGAUCGGAUGUUCGUCUCUGUGUCGGUCUGAUUGGGGAUGUGGCCAUGGCCGGUUCUGGAGCACAGAAGUGUCCGAAGAGCGAGAAGUUGGACGAAGCGCAGGCGCUGGCUCGGAGCUGCGCAGGGAGACCGGACUUCUUGCCGUGCGAUGGACUGUCGAUAUGCGCCACCCACAGCCACGGAAAGUGCUUCAAAUUACAUUGGUGCUGUCAUUUGGGCUGGUGCCACUGUAAAUACGUUUACCAACCCAUGACCAAUGUGUGCCAUCUCCCCAGCACGGCGGUGCCCUCUGACCUCUCUGACCUGCACCCCACCAUGAACCUGUCCGUCUCCCUGACCGAACGCUUCCUGAAGAUCGCCCCCUGCUUCCAGUCUCCACCUUACCUCGAUUCGCCCAAAUAUUGCGUUAUCGCAGACCUCUUCAUCGAUGACUACAUUGUCAAACGCAUCAAUGGGAAGAUGUGUUACGUUCAACGUCCACCUCCUCCCAUACCAGAACCUCCUCUUGCUGCACCAACUGCCCCUCAGGCAUCUCCUCUCAGUAAGACUAAAGGUCCAUUUCAGAAUGACCACCACAGCAGAACCAUGCCACAACCGCCCACUGACAAGGAAAAUGACAGCCAAGAAGGCAAGCAUUAUCCUAACCAAUCAGAUGUAAUCAAACAUUAUCCUAACCAGUCGGAUGUAGACAAACAUCAACCUAACCAAUCAGAUAUAUUCAAACACAAUCCUAACCAAUCAGGUGUAAUCAAACACCAUCCUAACCAAUCAGAUGUAAACAAGCAUCAUCCUAGCCAAUCAGAUGUAAUCAAACAUUCUGAUGUAAUAAAACAUCACCCUAAUUGUUCUGAUGUAAACCAACUCCACCACCACCCUGGACAGAAUGAGAAACAACACAGUUCUCUUGACAAGCAUCAUCCUAACUCCGCUGUGAUCCACAAAACACCCAACCACCACCCCAUACCCCUGGUAGACCAGAUGAAGCCCCAACACUACCCCAACCACCUGGUAGACCAGAUGAAGCCCCAACACCACCCCAGCCCCCUGGUAGACCAGAUGAAGCCCCAACACUACCCCAACCACCUGGUAGACCAGAUGAAGCCCCAACACCACCCCAGCCCCCUGGUAGACCAGAUGAAGCCCCACCACCAUCCCAGACCCCUGGUAGACCAGAUGAAGCCCCAACACCACCCCAGCCCCCCGGUAGACCAGAUGAAGCCCCACCACCAUCCCAGACCCCCGGUAGACCAGGUGAAGCCCCAACACCACCCCGGCCCCCCAGUUGACCAGGUGAAGCCCCAACACCACCCCAGCCCCCCGGUAGACCAGGUGAAGCCCCACCACCCCCCCAGCCCCCUUGACAAGCUGAAGAGCCCCAAGAUGGACCACUGCUCCUCUCCAUCCAGCUCUGAGGACUCUGGGAUUAACGCGUUAGGUCUGCACUUCCUGGAGAGCUGUGAGUCAGAGGAGGACGAGUUGAGCACCGAUGGAGAUGGGAACUCCAGCCCAGCCUGUGGACUCUGGGACCAGGAGGAGCGAGUUCUGCUGGCUCCCUGUCAGUCCACGAUAGAGAUCAUUGAGAACAUUGAGACGACCGUGUAAAUGACAAUAGACAACGAGCCAGAGCUGCACUACAGCACGUCAGUAUAAGAUAAAACCAUGCUAAGUCUGUAUUAUAUCUACCAGAUUUCUCCAGUUAAACUCAAAGGGGCUGUUCACACACUGGAGAUGACUGUGAGGUAAGGACACCCACAUCUUAAUCACCCAGUCAGGGAUGCACAUGGAGCUGAUGGUUCAGAUGUUCUCCGGUUCAUUGGCCCCUCCCCGACUGUAUGUCCCCACACCCCCAGCAUGGGUCGUCAGAUGGGGUUAACUACUGAAGCUGACCCCACACCCCCAGCAUGGGUCGUCAGAUGGGGUUAACUACCGAAGCUGACCCCACACCCCCAGCAUGGGUCGUUAGAUGGGGUUAACUACUGAAGCUGACCCCACACCCCCAGCAUGGGUCGUUAGAUGGGGUUAACUACUGAAGCUGACCCCACACCCCCAGCAUGGGUCGUUAGAUGGGGUUAACUACUGAAGCUGACCCCACACCCCCAGCAUGGGUCGUCAGAUGGGGU